AUGGCGACGCCUCGUCGCUCCUCUCAGCAGCAGCAGCCGAACUCCCCGCUUUCCUCCCCGCCCCGCGGCUCCUCUCGCCCCGCAACCCCUCCUGGCUGUCCGGCUGCACCCACCGACGAUGCCACCUCGCUUUCGCGCAGAGCCGCGUUGGACAACCAGGCUGACGGGGAGGCAGCCCCUUCAUCUCCCACCGCCUCCCCAGCUCUGGCCCUCUCCGCCAGCAGCAGCAGCAGCACUAGCAGCAGCGCUAGCUCCCCGACAACCACCGAGGGCAGCGGGUCCAGCCCCGGCUCUACGCCCGACUCGGGCAGCGGUGACGCGGCCAGCAGCAGCAGCAGCGGCGGUGGUUCAUACGGCGCUUUCAGGGACCUUUUUGAAGCCUGUCGUAACGGGGAUGUGUCUAGGGUGAAGAAACUCGUGGAUACACUGAAUGUUAACGCAAAAGACAUGGCAGGACGCAAAUCUACACCCCUACAUUUCGCUGCAGGUUUUGGGCGGAGGGAUGUGGUCGACCACCUGCUUCAGAUGGGCGCCAAUGUGCACGCUCGGGACGAUGGGGGUCUGAUCCCGCUUCACAACGCCUGCUCAUUCGGCCAUUCUGAGGUGGUGUCCUUGUUGCUGUGUCAGGGGGCCGACCCCAACGCUCGAGACAACUGGAACUACACGCCACUCCACGAAGCUUCCAUCAAGGGCAAGAUAGACGUCUGUAUAGUGUUGCUGCAGCAUGGAGCCGACCCCAACAUCCGCAACACCGACGGCAAGUCCGCCCUGGACCUGGCUGAACCCUCCGCCAAGGCCGUGCUCACAGGUGAAUACAAGAAGGAUGAGCUGCUGGAGGCGGCGAGGAGUGGAAACGAGGAGAAGCUAAUGGCCUUGCUCACACCGCUCAACGUCAACUGCCAUGCAAGCGACGGCCGCAAGUCCACUCCACUCCACCUGGCAGCAGGAUACAACAGGGUGAGGAUAGUUCAGCUGUUACUACAGCACGGAGCAGAUGUUCACGCCAAGGACAAGGGGGGUCUGGUGCCUCUGCAUAACGCCUGCUCCUACGGACACUAUGAAGUUACUGAACUGCUGCUAAAGCACGGUGCGUGUGUGAACGCCAUGGAUCUUUGGCAGUUUACCCCUCUCCAUGAAGCGGCGUCUAAAAACCGAGUGGAGGUGUGCUCUCUGCUGCUGAGCCACGGGGCCGACCCGACCCUGCUCAACUGCCACAGCAAGAGCUCCGUGGACAUGGCGCCCACUCCCGAGCUGAAGGAAAGACUUACAUAUGAGUUUAAGGGCCACUCGCUGCUCCAAGCUGCUCGCGAAGCUGACAUGGCGAAGGCUAAGAAGACCCUGGCUCUGGAGAUCAUUAACUUCAAACACCCGCACACACACGAGACAGCACUGCAUUGCGCGGUAGCAUCUCCACACCCAAAGAGGAAACAGGUGACAGAGCUGCUGCUGAGGAAAGGCGCCAACAUAAAUGAGAAGAAUAAAGAUUUCAUGACUCCUCUUCAUGUGGCGGCAGAACGAGCUCAUAAUGACAUCAUGGAGGUGCUACAGAAACAUGGUGCUAAGGUGAACGCCGUGGACACGCUGGGUCAGACGGCGCUGCACCGCGCGGCCAUGGCGGGCCACCUUCAGACCUGCAGGCUGUUGCUAGGAUACGGGGCAGACGCCUCGCUGCUGUCGCUGCAGGGCUUCACUGCUGCUCAGAUGGGAAAUGAAGCUGUGCAGCAAAUACUCAACGAAAACGUGCCGGUGAGGAACUCGGAUGUGGACUACAGACUGCUGGAAGCUGCUAAAGCCGGAGACCUGGACACCGUCAAGUCGUUGUGCACGGCUCAGAAUGUGAACUGCAGAGAUCUGGAGGGAAGACACUCCACUCCCCUUCACUUCGCUGCCGGCUACAACCGAGUGUCUGUGGUGGAGUACCUGCUGCAGCACGGGGCAGACGUGCAUGCCAAGGACAAAGGAGGCCUGGUCCCCCUCCAUAACGCCUGUUCGUACGGUCACUACGAGGUGGCCGAGCUGCUGGUCAGACACGGAGCCUCGGUCAACGUGGCCGACUUGUGGAAGUUCACGCCGCUCCACGAAGCCGCCGCCAAAGGCAAAUACGAGAUCUGCAAACUGCUGCUGAAGCACGGAGCAGAUCCCACCAAGAAGAACCGAGAUGGGAACACGCCUCUGGACCUGGUGAAGGACGGGGACACGGACAUCCAGGACCUGCUGCGAGGGGACGCCGCACUGCUGGACGCCGCCAAGAAAGGCUGCCUGGCCCGGGUGCAGAAGCUCUGCAGCCCCGACAACAUCAACUGUCGGGACACGCAGGGACGCAACUCCACACCUCUGCACCUCGCAGCGGGCUAUAAUAACCUGGAGGUAGCAGAGUACCUGCUGGAACAUGGAGCCGAUGUGAAUGCACAGGACAAAGGAGGGCUCAUACCUUUACACAAUGCUGCUUCAUACGGGCACGUGGAUAUCGCCGCCCUGCUGAUCAAGUUCAACACCUGCGUCAACGCCACAGACAAGUGGGCGUUCACUCCCCUCCAUGAGGCGGCGCAGAAGGGGCGGACGCAGCUCUGCGCUCUGCUGCUGGCCCAUGGAGCCGACCCCACCAUGAAGAACCAGGAGGUGCAGACGCCGCUCGACUUAGCAACGGCUGAUGACAUCAGAGCGUUGUUGAUUGACGCCAUGCCUCCCGAUGCCCUGCCCAGCUGUUUGAAGCCCCAGGCCACUGUGGUGAGUGCUAGUGUGGGGGGUGCAGGUGCGGCAGGGGGCGUCUCUCCGUCUCCAUCCCCCUCCUGCCUGUCUGCUGCCAGCAGCCUCGACAACCUGACCACGUCCCUCAGUGACCUCACUGUGGGCGGGGCCACCGGACCAGCUGAUGGAGCGUCUGGGUCGGACAGGAAGGAAGGAGAAACUCUGCUCGACAUGACCAUCAACCAGUUCCUGAAGAGCCUCGGGCUGGAACACCUCAGAGAAACCUUCCAGCGGGAACAGUCUUUUGACAAAAGACAACCAGAAGCCGGACUGACUGAGGUGUGUGUUGUUUCCGGGCAGAUUUCGCUGGACGUGCUGGCAGACAUGGGUCACGAGGAGCUGAAGGAGAUUGGCAUCAACGCUUACGGUCACAGACACAAACUCAUCAAGGGCAUCGAGAGGCUGCUGGGAGGCCAGCAAGGUGCAAACCCGUACCUGACGUUCCACUGCUCCAGCCAGGGCACCGUGCUCAUCGACCUGGCAACGGACGACAAGGAGUUCCAGUCUGUGGAGGAAGAACUUCAGAGCACUAUCCGAGAGCAUCGCGACGGAGGCAACGCGGGGGGGGUCUUCAGCCGGUACAACAUCAUUAAGAUUCAGAAGGUGGUGAAUAAGAAGCUCCGGGAGAGAUAUUCACACAGACAAAAGGAAAUAGCAGACGAGAAUCACAACCAUCACAACGAGCGGAUGCUCUUUCACGGUUCCCCUUUCAUCAAUGCCAUCAUCCAUAAGGGCUUUGAUGAGCGACACGCCUACAUCGGUGGCAUGUUUGGCGCCGGGAUCUAUUUUGCUGAGAACUCCUCAAAGAGCAACCAGUACGUGUAUGGGAUUGGUGGAGGCACGGGAUGUCCCACCCACAAAGACCGCUCCUGCUACGUGUGCCACAGGCAGAUGCUGUUCUGCAGAGUGACGCUGGGGAAGUCCUUCCUCCAGUUCAGUGCCAUGAAGAUGGCCCACGCCCCCCCCGGACACCACUCAGUGAUCGGGAGACCCAGCGUCAACGGACUGGCCUACGCAGAGUACGUCAUCUACAGAGGGGAGCAGGCUUACCCAGAAUACUUGAUCACCUACCAGAUAGUGAAGCCUGAGAGCCUUGCUGCCCCGGCGGCCCCCCCCGAGCAGAAGUCCUAAAAGUCUCAGCUCUGCAAGCAACGGACCAGAGCCACUCUCUGAGGGACUAGAACUGAACUGGAGGGGGUUUCAAACCUCACACACACAUUUCAAGUCUCCAGAGUUGACCUUGAGGUGGGAGAGGGCGACAGGGCAGAGGUCAG